AUCGAAGCAGAUGAUAAAAGAAGAUUCGCGUAGUGAGAGAGAAGUUGUGAAAAAGAAGCGACAGAGCUGCGUUUUGGACGAUUUUCGCCAAGUGUAAUAGGUUCUGAUUCUUGUAAUUUGUCUAUUCGACUGCUGCGGAUUUUACCGGAUAUUAAUACUGGUCGAGAUUGAGUCUACUUCACGCUGAGUGGAUAGCUGCAGUAAUGGAAUUGAAGGAAAUUCGGUGCGAUUGAAGCGAAGACGAAAAACUCCUGCAGAAGUCUACGGAAAAAAGGCAUAACAUGUGCGAUUCCCGUCGGAAUGUUCAAUUCCACGUUUUUGAGCAGUCGGAAUGUAGCAAUUCGGGUUCGGAGCACCACCAUCAUUGAUCGGAAUAACAACCCAAAUCAUCAAUUGGAUCUUCAUUGAAGAGGAAUGUUGGCGCUGCAAUCGAUUUAACGAUUCAGCUGAUUUUCUCGAAGUCAUCUAUCCGUGCGCGAAGGAUACGCGAUCAUAGAUCUACCUACUAGAGAUUAAGUCCAAGACACUCGCGAGCUAUUGAGUUAUUACUGCAAGCGCAAGUCGAACAGUUUGGAGUUUGGCGAUUUUUCACAACGUUACAACUUCACAGGGUGCGCAUUGCCUUUGUGAGCUAUUCUUACAUUAAGCUUGUCACUUCCGGAACGGAUGCUGUUCUUAUAUUUAUAGUUUUUAAAAGAAUAUUUAUUUAUUUAUUUCUAUUUAUCGCCUGCUUUCACUCCGCUUUCCCAUCGAUUCGACGCAGCACUAUGCUCGUGAGCAGUCGUUUUCUGAUAAGAAGUCCUUAAAGUAUUAGAAAGUAAAUCGCACAAGACUCGCAUAAUUUUAUCAACCACUGCAAAGCCGGCGAAUGAAGUAACAUUAAGCGUAUUUAACGAAAGUAACUAUUAGUAAACUUCAUGUCCUCGAAAAGGAUGCAUCCUCCAGCUGCACUACAGGCGGCUGUACAAACCGGAGUUAAAGGCAGUCUGCUCCCAUCCCCAGCUGCGGUAGGCGGUGGAAAAACUGCCAAUUUCAGUACCACUAUUAGCGCUAAGGAUCGUCAUAAUGUAGAAAACAUCGUACCGUCCCAUAAGGGCACUCAGAGCAGCAGCAGCGGCGAACUGCAGAACCAGUCAAAUGGUGCCGAAAGCGUCAACGGCUCGCAAGGGCUAGUCAGAAAACCCAAUCACAAAUCAAACACAUUCACUGCAUCCAAGAUGCAGUCGUCCAAUGGCCCGGUCGGUUCGUCUGCGAUUUCAACCUUGAACAGCAUCAAUCGACGCAAAAGCCAACGUCUAAAUUCUCCCAAUCGUAAGCGGCAGGAACAACAAAACAUUUUCAACAGCCUAAAGGCUUGGAAUGUGAAGCUUGCUCCGAGCGUCAAUGCAGAGAUGAAAGGCGAGAGUGCGAAUUUGUCGCACGCUAAGGUGCCAGUCGCUAUCAACGGCGCUACAAAUGAGGCCGGCAAAGCUAACAGCGAAAACAGUAGUGCUACUUGUCAGUGUACAUCAGGCAUCAUCGUUAGCAGCAAUACUAGCAUUAAUAGUAGCAUUACUAGUAACGUUAAUAGAAGCAGUAGUGAAACCAACAGUAAAAGCAGCAAGAAGAAAGAAUACCCGCUGAUGAUUGCCGCCACUGCGGCUGCUACAUCAAAAGAUAUCGAUUCUGCCAGAGGCGUUGCUCAGGGUACGAAAAAACUAACCGAAGAUGACUGUGAGUCUAAACCGGAUGCGGGAGGAACGGCGAAAGAAGCACGCAUCACAUCGUCGCAGGCUAGCAGUCCAACGGACAGCAGGGCUUUCGGUGGACCAAUAGCUGCUACAAAGGGACAAAAGAAGCUACUGAACGCAAGCGGCAGUUUCAGUACGUAUCAUCGGCAUCCGGCCCUCUUGUCACCGAAUGCACCCUCAGGGGAAAAUGUCAUCCCAUCAACUUCAUCUGUGGCGUCCGUGACAGCGUCCACGUCGCAAUCAUCAGCUCCAGUAACGUCAUUCACUACAGCGAUUUCAACAGCGUCGGCCACCACCAACGGCGUCGCCAACAGUUCUGCAAAUGGAAACACGAGAAGUAACGCAAACGCUGGCAAAGUGUUGCUCCCGAAUGUGAAUCCGUUGUCGGGAACACCGCUAGACCCGAUGACCCUUCUGCAGGGCAAAUUAAGAAAUUCGCUGAAAUUGGAUAAUUUUUCUACACCACCACCGCAAACUCACCACAUUUCCCAUCAUACUGGAACGCUUCCGCUCCAUCAGACCCCUGGGCAAGCACAUCUAGGGCAACCACAGCAACAACAGCAGCAGCAGAUGCCUCCAACAACACCUCCGCACUACAGCCUGGACUUUUUACAUUAUGUUGGCAUGCGAAUGUCCACCGCGAAUGGAGUCGUGCAAUCGGGAACCUCGUCAACAACAGCUCCGACUGCUAUUUUCCGUGCCAGUCCACAUUUUAGUUACAACUUCAACCAACAACUGCACCCACAACAACAGCAAUUGAUUCAUCAACAGAUACAACCGCAACAGCAGCCUCGCCAGCAGCACCUUCAAAGGCACUUCCAGAACUAUUACGAUGAUCUGAUGAUUCAGACGUCCGGCGGAGGUGACACAGUGUACACCAGUUUUGCAAUACCCGCGGAGCAUCUAGCUAACAGCGGGAAUACAACCGGUGGCAGUGCUUCUAUCGCUACUAAUGCAGGAGGUUCUAACGACACCGGUUUAGCGUACUGCUACUCGCAAAAUCAUCAGCAUCAUCUGCACCACAAUCAUCCGACGCAACAGUCAAGUUUUGGUCAUCAUCAGAAUCAUUACCAGAAUAAUAACUAUCAGCAACACAAUCGGAACUAUGGCCGGGGAGGACAGCAAAAUGGGAGCGGAAACCCACCACCCGGGGGGAAGCGAACGUGGAAUAAUAACUGGCACAACGGAAAGCGGGGCAAUAUAGUGCACGGCAAAUAUGGAAACAAAAAUUCCAGUUUCAAUCAUGGGUAUCGUAAAAACUAUCAUUUUUACAAUAAUCAUCACAAUAGCCAGCAACAGCAAUACGAACCGCAUCAUCAAAGCCACCAGUCCGACAGUUCACGUAACUUGGUAUAUAUUAGGGGAUAUGAACGGGGCUAUAGAACUUCCGGUAGUCAGAAAAGCGUCAGUCGUUCCCCCACCCCUAGUCCGCAAUCGGAAAGUCCAGCCAUCGACACAGGGGAAACACAGGGUGAACCACCAAGAGCUUCUACGGUAGCGACGCAACGCGAUGAGAAAUCUGAUAGUGGAAUUGAUGAUGUUGUACAAAACCUGAAGAAGUGCACUGCACCGAGCUCUUCCUCGUCUUCAUCUUCAAUGGCGUCGAUACCAUCGACGGAUUCUUCAGCUGUUUUGUCAUCGGUUUCGCAAAACUUGAAUUUAGAACUUAAUUGCGGACCCGGACCCGGAUAUGAGUCCGAUUCAUCACAUUCCUCCAGUUACAACAGCCACUCCUAUCGUCAUCGUAAAUAUGUAAACAGUGGCCAAGUUUAUCGGUCUUCCUCGUCGACUUCCUCUGGUGUGUCAUCAACAGCGGCCUUUCCUCCAAUUAGCACAGCAACGGCAACGACGCCUGAGGUGGCGGAUUUCUUCCUGCGAAGCCAAAGUUAUCAUGGUUCUCAUCAGAACUUGGUGACCGUCAGUGGAGGUACUAGUCCAAACCCGCCAAGUUCUCCAGUCGCUACACCGAGGUCACUGAUUGGGACACAAUCAAUGCCAAUGUUUAGCGAGCUUUUCACCGGCACCCAUCAUCAUUUGUCACAUCAACAGCAACAGUCACAGCAAUCACAUUCGAUCCAUAACCAGCAGCAGCAGGCUCUUCAGAAUGCUUUGUACGGAAGCAACAGCUCGCUGGAGUUGACGCUUCAUACCGGGACUGCUGGUAGCUCCUCUGCCAAUUCCAACGUAAGUAACUGCAGUAUUGCAAGCAAUGGAAGCAGUAGUGGCUACAGCAGUGCACCGCCGUCCACGGUGCCGCCCAACGAGGUUUACUCGAUGCAGAGCGGACAUCCAAAGAGACGCUAUUCUGGUCGUUCAUCACCAGUGAACUUUGGCGGUAGCAACAAACCAAACCGAUCAUCAACGGGGAAUGUUUCGAGUAAUAGCACCCUAGUUCCAACACCUCCUGAUCAGCAACAACAACCUCAACAAAAGCAAGCACAAACACAAACUCAACAGCCACCACCCUGUAGCAGCCCACCAUUGACUGUUAGCGCUAAGAGUACGCCCGCCUGGAGUCAGCACAGGCCGUUAACGGUUCCCACAUCAACCGUAACGGUAGCAUCAUCAACAACGUCAAUAUCACAACCACCACCAACAUUCCCACCACCGUUGCCGCCGACUACCACCAUACCAUCAUAUCCUCCGCCGAGCGACGGAACAAACUUCCACACACCCGCCGAUAGGUUUCUUGCACGUUCGCACCUAGUGGAGCUGUUGUCCCCACCGGGGGAACUCGCCCCGCCCGGAAGUAAGUGGACCGCACUUUCGGAAGCUAUUUGGAAGAAGUUUGCAGCUGCACAGCAAACGCAGCACAAGUUUGUGCAGAAAAUUAAUCUCUGGAGAUAUUUGUUCAUGUGUAUCCGCAAAACGUUUCCUCGGUUUAGUUUGUAUUUAGUCGGCAGCACGAUUUCCGGCUUCGCUUCGGAUAGUUCCGAUGUGGAUAUGUGCCUGGUUUGUCGGUCCAACGCGGUACCGUUUGACAUGCGCUCAGAAGCACUCUUCCAGCUGGGUCAGUUGAAGAACUACUUCAUGAAUAUCAACUCAUACUUCGGGGAGUUCAGCGUUAUCCAAGCCAAGGUUCCAAUUCUGCGAUUCCGUGACAUCACCAAUUCGAUCGUGCUGGACUUGAACUACAACAACUGUGUCGGUAUUCGCAAUACUCACCUGCUGUACUGCUAUUCGCAACUGGAUUGGCGAGUCCGCCCGUUGACGCUGGUCGUCAAAAUGUGGGCUCAGCAUCACAACAUCAACGAUGCAAAAAAUAUGACAAUCUCAAGCUAUUCGCUGGUACUGAUGGUAAUCCACUUCCUCCAGUAUGGGGUCAGCCCACCUAUACUGCCAUGUCUACACGCGAUGUAUCCGGAUAAGUUUGUGCGAAUGUCGGACAUCAGCACUUUGGAUCUGACCGAGACACUCGAGCCGUACAAGAAUGAAAAUUCGAUGCCCAUUGGUGAGCUGUUUCUGCAGUUUUUGGAGUAUUACGCCAAUUUUGACUACGCGCAUUACGCCAUAUCGGUCCGCACGGCCUCUGUUAUUCCGAUCGAAAGUGCCCGCGUUGCUCGUAGCUACAAAAAUGACCCUCACCACUGGCGACAGCUGUGUAUAGAAGAGCCAUUUGAUCUUACCAACACAGCCCGGUCGGUGUUCGAUGCGGAAAUCUUCGAGCAAAUCAAAUCCGUUUUUUCCACCUGCUGGAUACGGCUUAAGGAGACCAACGAUCUCAAUUCCAUCUUUGCGUGUGAUCCUCUGUUUGUACCGGUGGCAUCGGCACUAUCGCUCACGUCAUGAUCACUGCCCUCGACUCUAUCAUUACUACAAUCGGUUGCCCGGUUCCGUAGAGAACUCGCUGCAGUCCGUGCCGGCUGAGUGUAGAUGUUUCCGUAGUUUUCAGUGCAGCGCGAGGGAGGUAAGCUUCAAAAAGACUGACUAUAAUUCUAUUAGAGUAAAUAGUUAAACCAAACAAACAAGGGCUGACAGAGCGGUGAUAUAGGAUAGUCCCGAAGUUCCGGAGGAACCAGUUCAGGCUUUUCACUCAUCCAUACAUACACACACACAAACACACACAUAUCAGGCAUUCGUGCCGAUCGUUUCACCAUUCAAGGAGUCAGAGAAGGAAAGUUCUACUUACUUCAGAUGCCAGUCGAAAAUGAAAACUGCAAAGGCAUGCCGAACGAGUAAGGCAAAAAUGUGUUCAAUUUUUCGCCUGUAAAAUCGGACUGGCCUGGGUGUAGACGGAGGUCCGAUUUCAGGCCAAUUACAUGUGAGCGGAGAUUAGAUUCUCCAUCGCGAAGCCCUAUCAUGAAAUGAUCUCGUUUAGUUAUUACGUUUUUUGUGCCAUCGGUUUUUUGUUGUCUUGUACAUUUACGCUCGCAUACAUACUAUAGAACGUAGGUGAAAAGUUGUUUUACGGUAAGGAGGGGCAGGCGCAGAAGCUCAAUGUGAGGGGACCAAACAAAAAAAAAUCACAAAAACUGCUUACGAAAGAAUCUUUCCCCCGCAUAGCGCAGCCAGUGUAAUUAUCUACAGUCCGGUUAUAUACAUAAAUACUUUUGCUCUAGUAUUAGCUCUCCUGAUCUUGGUAGAUGUAAAACCAAUACUCUUUCUAGCUAGCAGGCUUUAACGCGUAUGCGAAAGGACUAAACGUAAACCGAAAGAUCCUACAGAAAAAUAUAUGUAAACUAUACGUCGGAAUGUAGAAAAGAGUAAACUGCUAAAAUGAGUUUUGCGAUACUGAGAUACAAUAGUGUAAGGGCAAGAACAAAGACAAAGUUUGCAAACACGAAAUGAAUACAUUUUAAAGAGAUUCAUUUUUAAAACAAAAAAAAAAUUAUACUAGAGAUGAAAAACACGGCUGUGAAAAAUUAAGAAGUUUAAAUUAUUAUUACAAAGAGUGAAGCAAAACUUAAGGAAUACUAAUUAAAGGUAUAUUUUUAGAUUUAAUUUAUACGAAGAAGCGAGGCUGAAGUGAACGGAAGCGGUCGAGUGAAAGAAGCGUAAAAGAGAAGCAAAGAAAAAAAAAACUAAAAAGUAUUAAAAAAUAACACAAAAAGUAAAAAAAAAAACAAAAAAAAAUAUUAAAAAAGUAAAAAAAAUAUCAAUGAACAAAGCUAGGAAACUGCAAGUCUGUGAGCACUAUCAAUUUCGCAAGAUACCCAAGAGCAUUCAUAUCUGGAAAUGUUAAUUGCUAAUUUGCCUAGUUUCCAAUUGCUGUGUUCGGUUGACAAUCCAAAAAAAGUAAUAAGAAGGAACAAAAGCUAAACAAAAAAAAAAGCCCAGCAAAGAUGCGUUUUGUUUGAAGAGGCGAGUUCUAUCUCAAUUUGUAGCCCUUAAAAGCAUUAAAAGACCGUAAAGACCAAGCGUAGGCCGAAGGGGUUAGGAGCAUGAGGUUAAAGAGACAAAAGUAAAGUUUAAAAAAUGCCUCCUCCGAGCGAGAAUUUGGUUCAGUUGGCCUCAGCUAGAGAACUAUUUUUUACCAGAGGGUUUAGAGCUGUUUCAGUAUAUUCUACCGAUUUAACGUUUGCUCAUUUUUCCAGUUCCCUUUUGUGCCGUAGGUAUAAUAGUUCUAAGAAACAGGUUGUCCCUGAAAAAAAGGUUAAAAAGUCUUGUGAACAACAAAAAAAUGUUAAAAUGUAAAUGAAAGGAGAAAGUGUUUUGUUCUUCUAGAAGUUGAGAGGUCCAUUCUAGCUCAAUCCCAAUUUACAGCGAAUCUUGUUUAUCGGUGCGCGGACACUCUGUCGCUCACAAUAGAAUCGUUUCUUAAUUUGUGUAUGUUAUUUUCGAGCCCCAGCAGAUAAUCAUUGGUAACCGUUUGGGUUGUACAGAGCAUUGAAUGUGUAUAUUUUUUGUAUCUGCCAGCGAUGUUUGAGGCGAUAGGAAAGCCCCGGCAUCUUGAAAAGCAAAAUCCACCCAAAUCAAACGUGAAAAUCGGCAAGAAAUAGCUGUAGUAGGAUUGUCGAUACACUGUGAAUAAUGUUAAAGGAAAACCAUUUUAAACGAAGCGUAUUUUACAAGGGUAAGUUGAAUAAAAGACGGAAAAAAGUUA